GUUAUCACUGCAGCCGGUAGAAGAUUUUAUUUUGGUUUAGGUUUCGUUAAGAUAUGACCACAUGUCAAGUUUAUUCACUGAAUUUUGUUAUUACUACGAACCUGUUGAUGUUUCAACAGAUAUGUCAUGGGGAGGAGCGCUGUGGAUGGGAGAUUUGGCCGACUACAUGGAUGAAAACUUCAUCAUAGCAGCGUUCCGCGCUCUUGGGGAAGAGAAUGUGCAGAAUGUGAAGGUCAUGAAGAAUCGCUAUACUGGUCAUCCAGCUGGCUAUUGCUUUGUGAACUUCAAUUCAGAUCAAGCAGCCUUGACUGCUAUGCACAAACUCAAUGGCAAAGUUAUUCCUCACAGUCAACCUCCUGUCCGAUUUAAGUUGAAUCACAGUAGUACCAGAGGCAACACAACAGACAAGGAAUUUUCCUUGUGGGUGGGUGAUCUUACCCCAGAUGUUGAUGACUUUGCACUCUACAAGACCUUUGGCAGUAGAUAUAACAGUAUAAAAACAGCAAAAGUUAUUUAUGACCCCAAUGGCCAAAGUAAAGGCUUUGCCUUUGUGAGAUUUUAUUCAGAAGAUGAGUACAAAGAUGCUUUGACUCACAUGAAUGGUUUCAAAGGACUAGGCCAGAAGCCCCUGAAAGUGAGCUAUGCUGUUCCUAAGAAGCAACACUACCCGGGCAUGAAUCCCAUGGGUGGUGAUUACAGUCAGUACUAUGAACAGUAUUGGAAUAAUUAUGCAGCCUGGCAGAACUACAAUGCUUACUAUGACCCAUAUUCAUCUUCCUAUGGGGAUUACAGUACUGGGCUGGAAGGGGGCUCAGGAGAUUCAAAAGAUGCCAGCAAAGAAGAUUUUGAGCCAGUAGAAUGGAAUGUACCAAUAGACAUUGAUAAAGCCAAUAAGGAGUAUAUUGAUCGAAGUGAAGAAUUGUGGCAAGCUAUUGAGAAAGCUCGGUGGAAUUUCUGGGAUGAAGGAACCAAAGAAGAAGAAUAAUAUCCUUCCCUGUGACCUUGUUUUUAUGAUCUUCUAUCAAUAAAUUUAUUGGAUACCAUGUA